UCCUGCCCCUGCGAACUCACUCCUCCCAUUCAUCCUCCCGCCACUCGGCUGGAGCGCACGCGGCUCUUCGCUCCUCCCCAGGGCCGAGUCGCUCAGUGUGCCCGCGCGUCUCUUCAUCCACCAGUCACUCUGUGUGCCUCUUCAUCCACCAGUCACUCUGCGCGUCUCUUCAUCCACCAGUCACUCUGCGUGUCUCUUCAUCCACCAGUCACUCUGCGUGUCUCUUCAUCCACCAGUCACUCUGCGUGUCUCUUCAUCCACCAGUCACUCUGCGUGUCUCUUCAUCCACCAGUCACUCCGCGCGUCUCUUCAUCCACCAGUCACUCUGCGUGUCUCUUCAUCCACCAGUCACUCUGCGUGUCUCUUCAUCCACCAGUCACUCUGUGUGUCUCUUCAUCCACCAGUCACUCUGUGUGUCUCUUCAUCCACCAGUCACUCUGCGUGUCUCUUCAUCCACCAGUCACUCUGUGUGUCUCUUCAUCCACCAGUCACUCUGUGUGUCUCUUCAUCCACCAGUCACUCUGUGUCUCUUCAUCCACCAGUCACUCUGUGUGUCUCUUCAUCCACCAGUCACUCUGCGUGUCUCUUCAUCCACCAGUCACUCUGCGUGUCUCUUCAUCCACCAGUCACUCUGCGUGUCUCUUCAUCCACCAGUCACUCCGCGUGUCUCUUCAUCCACCAGUCACUCUGCGUGUCUCUUCAUCCACCAGUCACUCUGCGCGUCUCUUCAUCCACCAGUCACUCUGCGUGUCUCUUCAUCCACCAGUCACUCUGCGUGUCUCUUCAUCCACCAGUCACUCUGCGUGUCUCUUCAUCCACCAGUCACUCUGUGUGUCUCUUCAUCCACCAGUCACUCUGCGUGUCUCUUCAUCCACCAGUCACUCUGCGUGUCUCUUCAUCCACCAGUCACUCUGUGUGUCUCUUCAUCCACCAGUCACUCUGUGUGUCUCUUCAUCCACCAGUCACUCUGCGUGUCUAUUCAUCCACGAGUCACUCCGUGUGCCCGCGGGCCUCUUCAUCGGCGGAGCAACAUCGGAGGGAGUGAAGCGGGCGCGUAGCUCGCACUGAGCCGGUUUGGUAUCGGUUUGUUAGCUACGAAACCGGCCACCCGAGUUCGAUUCCCGCCCGAGGCCAACACAAGGUGACAGUCAUCUGAACCGUUCCUGGGCCUCCCCAAGGUCGACUCGGCCUCAAGUCAACAGGGCAUGGUCACGUGUUGGGCGGCGUGAAUCAUGUGGCGACAGCUCUGGUCCGGGCGGCGGCUGCUGAUCGCCACGCUCGCCCCGCUCUUGUUGCUGCCUCUGCCGCUGUUGUGGAGAAGCAAGGAGGCGGCAUGCGCGUACACGGUGCUGCUCACAGCCACGCUGUGGGUGUCCGAGGCAGUGCCGCUCGGAGCCGCCGCACUGCUCCCAGCCAUGCUCUAUCCGCUGCUGGGUAUCAUGCGCUCCAGCCAGGUGGCUGCUGAGUACUUCAAGGACACCACCCUCCUGCUGCUCGGCGUCAUCUGCCUCACGGCCGCCAUCGAGAAGUGGUGCCUGCACCGCCGCAUCGCGCUGCGCAUGGUGACGGCUGCUGGCGCCCGGCCCAGCCUGCUGGUGCUGGGCUUCAUGGUGUGCACCGCCUUCCUCUCAAUGUGGCUCAGCAACACGUCCACUUCGGCGCUAGUCAUGCCGAUUGCCGAGGCCGUGCUGACGCAGCUCGCCGAGGACGGGGCAACCUGCGGGGGUGGCGGCAAAACCGCGUCCGCCGUCACUAGCGAGGGCGCCGCCAUGAGAGGCAAUGACUCGACGACCGCCCUGCUGCCGAAGGGCGUGCGGCAAACGUCCGACCCGCAGCUGAGUUUCGGCGUUGCCAGCUUUGAUGUGGACAAUUCUGACGACGAGAUGACCGUGGACUUCAAGGAGGAGCCCACGGUGGUGACCGUUAGCCAGAGUAUUCAGGAUGGUGACAAGAUCAGUGCCUUUCAUCAGCAAGAGGUCAUCGCGGCGUCGGCAACGGAGGUCAUCACGGCGCUGGACGGGCCAUGCCGAGAUGUCGCGACCUUCGGCCUUUCCGCCACGCCACAGGAUCGCGUCGCGGGCCGCGGCGUCCCCAACGGCUGCGCCGCCGCUUCGGCCAACGACGCCGCGAGCGACGGGGAGGCAGAGGGGCGACGCGGCGGUCUCGACAGCCCGGCCAGCGAGAGGACGGUGCUCGCGGGGAAGCGAGGGUCGGCGGGCAAGGGCGAGACGAACAGGACGCUGGGCAAAUGCCUGACCCUGGCCGUCGCCUACGCCUCCACCAUCGGGGGACUCUGCACCAUCCCGGGCACCUCCACUAAUCUCAUCUUCGCCGAGCAGUUCAGCAACCGCUACCCGGCGUGCGAGUGCAUCCACUUCGGCUCGUGGCUCCUCUUCAGCUUCCCCGUGGCUCUGCUGCUGCUCAUCUUCACCUGGCUGUGGCUCACCUGGCUCUUCCUGGGCUUCCGCAUUUGGGACCUGCGUCGCCUGUGCUCGGGCACGCUGAGCACUCAGGAGCGCAUGUCGGAGCGGCGCAUGCGGCAGGAGUACGAGAAGCUGGGCCCCAUCAGCUACCAAGAAGUGGUGACGGCCAGCGUCUUCCUGCUCAUGGUGCUGCUGUGGUUCCUGCGCGACCCCGGAUUCGUCCCGGGAUGGGCGUCCUUCUUCCUGAAGGGCUACCAGACGGACGCCACGGUGUCCCUGCUGCUGGGCUUCCUGCUCUUCGUGGUUCCGUCGGAGAGGCCACCACUGCCCUGGCUCUCCAAGACCCAGAGGGUAAAACGCGCGGAGGAGUCCAGCGACAGCUGGGGCAGCUCCCCGGCGCUCAUUAACUGGAAGGACUUCCAGGGCUGCAUGCCGUGGGAGAUCGUCAUCCUCGUGGGCGGCGGCUUCGCCCUCGCCGCAGGCUGCCAGGUGUCGGGGCUGUCCCUCUGGGUGGGCUCUCAGCUGCAGCCCCUGGGCUUGCUGCCGCCGUGGCUCGUGGUGCUGCUCUCCUCCCUGCUGGUGACCUCCGUGACGGAGGUGGCCAGCAACCCCGCCACCAUCACGCUCUUCCUGCCCAUCCUGUGCACGCUGUCGGAGAAUAUGCACGUAAACCCGCUGUACGUGGCCGUCCCCGCCACGCUGAGCACCUCCCUGGCGAUGAUGCUGCCCGUCGCCAACCCCCCCAACGCCAUCGCCUUCAGCUACGGGUACCUGCGCGUGCGCGACAUGGUCAAAGCCGGGCUGGGCGUGAACAUCAUCGGCAUGGCCGUGGUGAUGCUGGCCAUCCACACGUGGGGAUUCUCCAUGUUCGGCCUGGACAAGUACCCUGAGUGGGCCGCCACCAAUGCCACAGCGGGGCUGUGAGGCCCCCAGGGCGCCACGCUCCCAGGUGGAGCCACCCAACGCGUCAUCGUCGCCCCCCCCCCAACCACGUGUGCUGCUUUACGGGAUCGCGACGUUUGGGUCGUUCUUGAACACUGAAGGUUCAUCGCAAACUCCCCAGCGUUCAACAAAGGCUGCACAUGAAGUGAAGCCAUUUUCUGGUUAGCUAAUCUGGACACAGACUUAUGAGUUGCUCUCCAUCUAGGCAUGCGCAAGAGGGUGAAGACCCAGACGUUUUAAAUUCGUCCACGGGUCUGCACAACGACGAGGCUCUAUGUCGCGAUGUGUACGCAUGGAUAGAUGGAUAGCAAAACAAAUCUUCAGUAACUAUACAAAAUAAAAUCAAUAUUUGCAUUACUUUUCAGAAAUGGGAUUGCAUUAUAUAUUGUGCAGAGCCAAAUUUCGGUGGUGGGAAUUGAUUAAACCUGGUCUGAAAAGUAUAAAUCUCUGAAAUCUAAAUAGACCUGCCACUGUUCUCGUCAGAUUGCCAAAAUAUAAUGUAGGUGCCAGGCCCUCAGUUCAAGAGCUACAUUCUCGACACGCCCCGUGCAGACACACCAGGGAACCAGAAUUGAGCCGUGUUUUCAUCGUCAAAUUACCCUUUAGCAAACCUCAAAUCUGAUGUGUACCAUCAAAUCUGAGAUUAGUGACGGCUUACAUGGUGGUGGGGGGAAGCCGCCCCACCGAGUCCCCGACACCCCCAGAAGAAUGGGGGGGGGGGGGGGGCCUCGCUUUAAAAGUGCCUUUUGAAAAGUCCUACCUCGCUCCUGACUCAAGUGCAAUAUCACGUGACGUUUGGUGAAACCCCAACGCGUUGUAAUGUCGCGUCCGCGGUUCGUUUUUCGUCUUCUCGUUACGCGCAGGUCAGUGUUUGUAGAAAACCCUUAAAUGAUAUUUCACGAGCGGCAAAUACUGUCGGUGAAUUUUUUUUUUCUUUCUGUGCAUCUCGCUUAAAAGUUAUUUAAGUGCAAAAUAAUUUCAAAUUGACCAGGUGCGUCUAAAAGAUUGUACGUAGUAUAGUAGUACUAAUACGCCGAGUUAUUUUGUUUUGUCAGAAUUUUCGUCGUGUCAUCUUGUUUAUGUUUCAUGUAGGCUCAAGGCAAGUAAAGGCGGUACGUGUAGUUAGGAUUAGAACAUUGUACAAUAACCCUUCCUCUACAAUGCAAGAGACUAGGGGCAUUCCAUCACGCGGCACGCACACGCCAGAACUUUCAACAGCGUCCACACUUUGAGAUGUUCACAAUGUAAAAAUAAUAUCAGAUUAUUUAAAAAUAAUCUUAAUGACAAUUAUGUAACUGAAUACACCCAUAGCAUUCAUUACCGAUAUUUAGUCAUUCACCCAUGCGGUUUAAUAAUAGAAAUAGUAUGUUUACACAAACCUGUACACUAUAAGGGUGUGGUGCAGUGGUUGACACGUAUGUACGUUGAACUUCUUUCGCACCAGACGUAGCUGACCAUGUUAAUCGGAGCUGCGCUAUGAACCCAGCGAGCCGAGUUUGAUUCCCCGCCGCAGCUUAACGUUCGUGACACAUGAUAUCUAAACUGGUCCUGGGCCUUCUGUUGACCAACUCCCACUGUCCAGCGUAAUAAGUAUGGUCAACGCUGCAAGACUGACACGAUGUGUGGGGAGAACUUCAUCCAGCAGUGGACUGAGAAAGGUCUUUAAAUUAUUAUUUUAUUCCACUAAACACUAGAUAUAAAAUCGACUGCUGCACAUCGUUACCAGUGGAGUUCCACGCGUCACAUGACGGGUGUGCAAAUGUGAAAUUUCAUUCCAUGGCAUGGCAAUCGCUCAUGGAUAAAAUUAUUCGUUUUUACGAUUAGCCGUUUUUUUUUACUUUGACAGAAGCAUGACACUCAUGAACAAGAAGCUGCUGUCUUACAACAUAUCUAAAGUCAAAAAUAAAACAAACUGAACGGACUUUUUGAUAAGUAUUACAUCUUAUCAUGACUGUAUUCAAAACAUUCAUACGAUGCAAGUUCUUUCAGCUUGUAAAAUCAACCUUCUUGUGUAACAUUCCAUUACACACUGCUGUAUUAAUGUAUCGGUGAUUACUGCCAUCAAAUUGACGUGUUUAAAUCAUGCUGUGCCAAUUAAUCAACUGGCAAAAAAAUAUAUCAUUUGCUAGGAUUUUGUAUUUUAGAAAAUUGUCUUUCGCAGGUAAACAGUAUUCAUAGGUAGGUUUCUGGGACAAACGCGUGGCGUGGUAGAUGCUGAGAAAAAGGGCGAGGCCGAGACGGUGUCCCAGCUAUGCAUGGAAUACGUGUUAAAAUACUUGAAUGCGUUUGCGUGAAUGAUGCUGUAAUGGCUCCUUUCGGUACGGUCGUCCUGACGCCUUACCCAUAUAACGUUGCUGAGUUAGCCGUACAAUGUCAAAUCAAGAUUUGUGUGCAGUGCAUUUUCCAAGCCUAGCCCUGCCAAAGAGAAGCAAUCCCGCGAGUGUUUUGCCAAUCUUGGGAGAUUAAUGACUUGGUACCCAUCGAUUCAUGUAUCCCUACGUCCAAAUCAUCUGUAACGUGCCCGGUCUCGGAAGCUACGCGGGGUUAUGCCUGGAUAGUGUUUUUGACGGGUAUAACCAAAACGCACGGAAAUUUGCUAGAGACAUGUUGGGCAGCAGAGGGCGAUGCAGAACGAGCUAUUAAUGUACUGUACUCUGUCCCUUAUUCUCCCCCAAGCAGCACUAGCAAGCGUCGCGGAGUAUGGUUAAGAUGUGGAAGGGUCCUAGUCCAGUGGAUCGUGAGCCUUCCCGCAACGAGUGGGUCAUCCAGUGGACUGACAAAAGGCUGUACAUAUACCCAUUGAUUGGUUGGGUAGAAAAUAAAAAAUAAGAAAAAAGCGAGUUCAUCCAUAGCGGAGCCAGCGCGUUAAUAAGAGUACCCAUUAAGCAAAAAAUUAAAUGCAGGAUUUUGCACAGCGCUGGCAAUGCUUUUGGUACUCAUGUUAAAAACAUGUAUGCUCAUCACCAGAGGCGCAUAAUCACUUCCUAGCAAACGACACACACACACACGCGUUCUCCACCUCGGAGUACAGGGCGUUCUGGUUUGUGGUUGGGAUUAUUUAAAUUCCCAAGUAACGCCUAAGGCACAUCGAGUAAGAGGCAGCUUUUCCUUCAGAAAACUAAAUAUUGUUGGUACGAAGGCUGGGGGGAAAACGCAAGUGUCGAGUUUCACAUCUGUCACACCAAUUUGUUUAGAAACGUUUUGCCCCCACCUGCAAGUCGUCCCAAUUUGUGCCAGUUCAUUCCGUACGGUCACAACACAUCUAAAACUCAUUGGCCACUUGGGUCCACUGUUAUGUCCUCAGUCAAAUUCCGAUUACUGUACCGAGGUUCCACCAACACGAAAAAACCUGACCGGUGUUGGCACCGCCGAUGUUUGCCAGCGUUGCAUUUCUGACGCGAAUAGCCCGAGUGGUCCCAACCCUACGGGGGUUAUAAAGGACACGGUGAACUCUGGCGCGAGAGCUGUGUGCAGCUGCCGACGUGACUUCCACCAAAGCGCCCACUGCCUCUGGUGAUAGGCUCACAACAAUGCGUCGGGGGAGACGCUAAGAGAGAUGUUAUUUGUGCCACACUUUUUAUUUCAUGGCUUUAAUUUUGUAAAUCGAUUUUGUAUUGCAUGUACACACUGGAAGCAUUUUUUUUAAAAUACAGCUUGCGUAUGAA